CGCAGCCCACUGCAUCCGAAGCUCCCAGCUACCCCGACCGAACCUGAGGCGUGUGUGGGGUCCGAGCCGGUCGGCCAGACGGGCUUGACAUCACCAAAGACUGGAGCACUUUAUUAAUACAAUUGCUCUCUUCAACCUCACCUCGAGUCCUCGCCCAGGUUUGUACACGCCCUACCUCGACCAAAUCCAUCCAGUCUCUGCGGACCAAUUGCACUCUGCACCAUCCACACGUACGAAUUUCCAACUGCAAAAAUGUCGGCCACACUCCUCCGAUCGACUCCCGCCAUGCGCGGAGCUCUGCGAGCUUCUUCGGCUGCAAAGCCUGUCAUGGGCAUGGCCAGCACCCAGUUCGUGCGCGGCAAGGCCACCCUGCCCGACCUCUCCUACGACUACGGCGCACUCGAGCCUCACAUCUCGGGCCAGAUCAUGGAGCUGCACCACUCCAAGCACCACCAGACCUACGUCAACGGCCUCAACAGCGCCCUCGAGACCCUCGGCGAGGCUGAGGCCAAGGGCGACUCCGCCAAGGCCGGCACCCUGGCACCCCUCCUCAACUUCCACGGCGGUGGCCACAUCAACCACUCCCUGUUCUGGGAGAACCUGGCCCCCGCCAACAAGGACGGUGGUGGCGAGCCAGAGGGAGAGCUCAAGAAAGCCAUCGACCGCGACUUCGGCUCCUACUCCACCCUCGUCAAGCAGACCAACGCCGCCCUCGCCGGCAUCCAGGGCAGCGGCUGGGCCUGGAUCGCCAAGGACAAGGAGACGGGCACCCUGAGCCUGGUCACCCGCGCCAACCAGGACCCCGUCACCGGCAACCUGGUCCCCCUGCUGGGCAUCGACGCCUGGGAGCACGCCUACUACCUGCAGUACCAGAACCGCAAGGCCGAGUACUUCAGCGCCAUCUGGAACGUCAUCAACUGGAAGACCGUGGCCAAGAGGUUCUCCCAGGCCUAAGGGACGGACGGGCUGUGUUGUGUGCGUGAGCGUGAGCGUGGGGGAGGAAUGGUAAUGGCGACGGCGAUGGUAUGUGUAUAAUCCUGUCUAUGUAGUGCCAAUACGCUACGGGUUUCUAAGAUGAUGACUGGUCUAUCCUCGGUAAAAGUCCACCCUGCGAGACGUGUCCCACAUUCAACCAGGGAUGUGGAACUCCCUCUGCCAGUAGCUAAAGUCCUGCAUAAGCGCACUGAUGUUCUUGCAGCUCGGGUGGAAGUAAUCCUCCUCAGACACGCCCAUCGGGAACAUGGGGAUGCUGCAGAUCUCGUCCGGGGACGGGCACCUGCCGCACUCCCUCCACGUGCUCCACCGCAGCCGUUCGGUGAGCUCGACGAUGGUCUGCUGUGCCUCCUCCACGAGGGGGUCAAGAUCGACCCCUUCUCCACGGCUCGCCCGAAGUAUACGUCGGGCAACGAACAGAGAGUCGCAGAUAUCCCGCGACACCCGCUCAACCGCGGCCGCGAUGGCGUGGUCCUCGGGCGUCCAGGUCUCGGGCCGUAGUGCGGACGGAUCCAGGUAGUGCCGCGCGCAACGGUCGACGGCGCGCUGCUCGGACGCGGGGCUGCGGUCCGUGUAGCUGAUGUACGGGUCGAGUAUGGUGCCGACGGCGAGGAGGAGGCCAUCGUGUGACCACCGGCUGCUCGCAAUGUACCCCAGCCGCCCGCUGAAGCGCGUCACGAUGCUGUCGACCACGCCCUGCCAGUUCACGACCUCCCUGCGCGGCACUUCCUCACCGCCCCGCGCGGCGAAGACGUCCCUCAGCCUGUCCCGCACCCCCAGCCUGCUCUGCAGCGUGGCGUUGGCCAGCCUGGGCAGGUCCCGCCUGUGCGGGUCCGGGUUCGAGAUGUUGACGGGGUAGAAGUACGCCGACACCAUGCUGCUCCAGUCGACGUCCACCCGGCCGGCGGGGAGCCCGUGGAACCGCGCCGCGCAGGCGCGCAUCCACUCGAACGCGGGCGCCACCUGGUACGGCGCCAGCCCCGUCUCGUUGCUGAAGGAGCUCGACUGCACCGAGAGGCGGUCCAGCCCGCCGCGCUCCGAGAAGUCGCAGUAGAUGAUCUCGAAGCCGCACUCCAUGCGUAUGAAGCCGUCGAUCCUGGCCCCUCCCCCUACCCCCGGGGCCGGCCACUCGCCCGCGAGGUCGCAGAGCCCCUCGGCCCGCGGCCACUCCCCGUAGGUCGGCGCGCCGGGGCCGGGGUGCGCGUGGCCCAGGAGGAUCAGGUCCUGGCUGUCCUGGGGGCCGAGGGGGCCCUUUGCGGCGGCUUGGCCGUCUAUGUAGAGGAGGUUUAGGGGGCGGUUGGCGCGGUAGACGUGGAAGUAGCCGCGCCAUAGCUCGUCGAAUGGCGGGUGUAGGCUGGGCUGGGGGUCUUUGUCGCCGUCGUCGUCGCCGUCGUCGUCCACCGUUGCCAUGGGACGCUGCGAGAAAGAUCCGUCACCAAUGGGCGAGGCAUAAGUGGCGUCAGACGCCGGCCUGGCAUGAGACCUUCGGUGGCUGAGUAGAGCCUUCCAGGCCGUCUCAUUGAAACCCGUCGAACCCGAUCUGAUCUGAAGGCUCGGGUCUUGUGUGAACUCCCACGAGGCAGCGAACUGAGCAGCAUGCUCCACCUCAAAGGCCAGCCACUCAAAGCUGUCCGGCCGGUCUGGGCUGAAUCCCCCGUGGUAAAAUAUGCUGCCCUCGGGCGCCGUGGCGAGAUAAAACGACAGGCCGUUGUGGUUAACUGACGAGCCCCACUGGCGCAUCGCAGAGUGGAUUGAGUUGAAGAUGGCAAAUGCAUUCUCGUGGGCACUGUUGAUGUCGGGGUGGUUUGAGGGAGAAGUAGUCGCAUAGGCGGCAACAGCGCUGACUGCUGCCGUCCACACGGGGAAUAAUAUUCGGCCCAUGACCGAUCGCAGCUAGAGCCCGGGCCUCUCGUGUAAGACAGAGGACGCUGCGUGUGCCACUUCAGAUCAAGUCCAGGCUUGCACCGGUAUCCAUUAGUACUGAGAGUGAACUUUCUCUUAUUAUGAAACCGAAUGAAACAAGUCUUGGCUUAAAUCUACGGUAACUCUCCCCUGAUAUGCAGCAACAUCCCAGUAUUAGCUGCCCAGGUGGUGGCAUUCCACGGGAUCUCCCGCUCCACAAGAUACCUACCUAGACAGAUUCUUAGUCGAUCACCUCCUAUAGCCCCUACAAGACAAUCUGAUUGGGAGGAAGCUGUUAUAGCCCUAAAUAAUAUCUUCCUACAUCGUAUCCUGAUCUAGGAGGCAGCUUUCUAGGGGGCAGUGUCCUAUAGGAUCGCUCCCUAUAACAUUUGAAAGUAACCUGACAUGGGACAAC